AUGCAGUUCUCUACUACCCUCAUCGCUCUCUCUGCGACCGUCUUCUUCGGCGCUCAAGCCGCUCCUACUGGCAUGGUCAACAGAGACACCGGUGUUGUCAACAAAGACAAGGCUGUCAUCCCAGAGGGUGCCACCGUCGAGAUCAACACAGACAAGGCUGUCAUCUCAGUGGGUGUCGGUAAGGUCAAGCCAGGCCUCCCCAGCCUCACAAAGGGUGGAAGCAACGUCAAGCCAGGUCUGCCCAACCUCAGAAAGGCCGACGACAAGGUCAACACAGAUGUCCCCAUCGUCAGAGAGGGUGGCAGGGUCGAUGACACAAGCGUCCCCAUCCCCAAAGAGCAUGAUGGCAAGGUCGACACAGACAUGGGCAACAAAAAACCCACCCCAACCCCCGAAGUCAACCCCGACCCCAACCAAGUCGACGACUUCACCCAGAACUCGGGCGCCAUCUGCCAGAGCAAGACCCAUCCAGCCCACCUCCUCCACUCCUACGCACUCAAAGCCAACUCCGGAGUCAACGACGUCCCCAAGGUCUGCGGCGAUCUCUGGUACAACCUUCAUCGCUUCCCUGGCUGCGCCGCCGCUUCGCAGGCCAACUGCUAUAAGGGUACCGAAGAGGGCUCCCUGGUCUGGCUCUUCACCGCCUCCAACUUCUGCAACCCCGGCAUGGUCCAGUCAGCCUGGUACGAGGCUACCCACAACGACUAUGGUGCCGCCGUGUGCGUUAAUGUCAAGGAGUUGACUAUCCGUUGA